CGCCGGGCGGGCCUGGCGCUGCGCUUCCCCCGGAGGCCUUGGGCGGGCACCCCCGGGACUGGGGACGGGGACGGGGGGUCCCUAACCCACGGCAGAGCACCGAGAGGCGGGGGUUGGGGUGCGGCAUCCCGCGGGCAGCCCCUGCGCGCUCCUCCCAAGUCUUUCGGAGCCGGCGGAGAGGCAGAAUCUCCCCUCCCUGGCGGCGUUUGACCGGCGCGCCCGUGAGAUCCAGGCUGAUGCAACCUUUCCAGGAGGAUAUCCCGGGAAUGUUUCACCUGGCUGCAAAGCAAAGGAGCCUCAAGCAACUGGGACAGCUCUGAGAUCCUUUGGGGACCUGCAGCUCCCCUGGCAGGAUGGACACCCUGAGGAACAGGACAGUGGAGGAGCUCCAGGAGCUGCAGGAGAACGCCGAGGAGAUCGAGCGUCUGGCUCUGGAAUCCCAGGAGGUUCAGGAGCUGCAGCUGGAAAGGGAGAUGGCCCUGGCUUCCAACCGCAGCCUGGCCGAGCAGAACCUGAAGUUCCAGGCACCGCUGGAGUCGGGAAGAACCGACCUGUCCAGGAAAUAUGAGGAGCUGCAGGAGCUGGCAGAACGUUGUAAGGAGCAGAAGGCAAAGCUGGAGAAAUUCGUGGCAGCCAUGCAUCCACAGACCCUGCUGGAUCUCCUGCAGGUGGAAAGCCAGAAAAUCGAGGAGGAAUCUGAGAAAGUGGCUGAGAAAUUCCUGGAGGGAGAAGUGAGCCUGGAAACCUUCCUGGAGCAGUUUUCCCUGAUGAGGAAGUUGUCCCACUUACGGCGGGUGAGGGUGGAGAAGCUGCAGGAGAUGGUGAGGAGGUCGGAGGCGCCGCAGCCGGAUCCCGCCGGGGACUCCCAGCCUCCCCCCACCGCCCUGCCCGGGGACCCACCGAAGCCUCAACCCUUCCCAACGGGAACGCCGCCCUUCCCCCUGCCCUACAGCCCCACCCCAAACCUGCCUCUGGGGCCCACAGCCCAAGGAGCUCUUCCUCCUGCUCCUUUCUCCAGCUCUCCUGUCGCCGUGGGGCACGUGGCCUCUUCCCAACCCAGCUCCCAACCCACUUUUCCCUAUAAACCUCCUCCAGGGCCUGGAUACAUCCCGGCUGCCGACACCACCCCUGGGUAUCCCAAACUUCCCUCUGGGAGCUCUGCUCCAGCACCAGCCUAUUCCUGGUCUCCAUCCAGGGGUCCCCCACCAUUCCCCAGCUCUCACCCCUCUCCUCCCCCACCCCCCAGACCUGGAUAUUCUCCCUACUUCCCACCUGGAACAGGGAGACCACAGUGUCCUUACCCAACCCAGCCACCUCUCCCAAAUUUCCCAAUCUCCCCACAGCCUCCCUAUCCUCCUGGAGCCCCCCCACCCUUUGGAUACCCCCCACCCCCAAACCCUCCACGUCCUGCUUGGCCUGGCUACUAAAUCCAGACUCCUGGCAAGUGUCUUCUCCUGCUCCCUCCUUUUUUUUGUGGAAGGAAGGGUGAGCCCAGGAUGUUGCUCUUCCAUCCAUCGGGACAAGAGAUGGGAAUAGCUCCAGGGGUCAGGCAGGCUGAUGCUUUUCCCCACUGGCUUCAACUCCAGGUUGGAUUUGUCACCAUGGCUGGUGGGAUGAAGUGUUGGCUUCCCAAUCAGCUCCUCCAGGCUCCGGUGUGAAAACCAGGGAAUGGUUUGGGUACUUGGUUGGGAAUGAUGGGAACUGAUCCCCCUCAUCCGUGGGUGAGCCUGAGGCUGCUCCAGCUGUGCCUGCCGUUUCCUGGCUGCCUGACAGAUGUUGUGGGGUCAUUCCAGAAGACAGCAAUGGGAAUCUCUUGAUGGGAUUUUGGACACAAAACCCUUUCCAAGGACUUUUCCUGGAAGCAAGAGGCAGAGCCAGGCCGGCUCGCAGGCCAUCAGGAGCCAGGCCUUGAGACUUGGGAAUUUAGAACUUCCCCACCAGUUUGGCUCCAGCUCUUCCCAUCAGAUCAGGCUCUCCCAGCCUGUGUGUGCUCCAGACUGGAUGCCAUUCCCAACUCCAUCAUCUUCAUCUGCUCCCAGGAAGCAAAAAAACUUCUUCACUGCUGCUCCUGUCCGGUGCCGAGGGUUUUCCCAGCCUGUUCCAGCCAUGCCCUGUCCCACCCAGGACUGUGGUACCUCCUUGGAGCUCAACACCUGGAUAUUGUCUGUGCUUGGAUGGGAUCAUCUCAGGCUGCUGCUGCUUUGGGAGAACAUCCCUGGGGUCACAGGGAGGAGGGAGGGUUGGAAUUGCCGGAAUUCCGCAGCCUCCUCCGUCCCCCCGGCCUCUCGUGCCUGAGGGGAUGGGAGGGGGAGGAUUCUGGGGUGAUCCAGGGUGCUAUGGGGGGUGAUCUGGGAUGUUCCCACCUUCCUCCCAUCCCCCUUCUCAGGAAACACUAAUGGAGGGAGCAGGAGGUUCCCGGGGGUUUGCUUGGCUCGGCGCUUGAUCCCACCACUCCCGCCUGGCUCCCUGUAAGUUAUUUAUGAGGAAAGUUCACUAAUGGCCUAGAAAAAGGCAAAAUGCUUGAGGAGGGGGGGGGGUUUCAUGGAAACAAUUCCCUCUCUGUGGUUAAUUCCAGUAAUAAAACUUGAUGAAUUGUA